AUGAUUUCAGGAAAUUAAGUCAUCGCAUAAUCGUUUGCUCAAAAUCAUCUGAAAUAUGUGUUUGGCAUCGUUGGAGUCCCAGUCAUUGAACUAGGCUAUGCCUUUCAGGCUUAAGGAAUGGAAUACUACGGUUUUAGAAACGAAUAAGGAGCAUCUUAUGCAUGUGGAGCAAUAGGAUAUCUUACUCGUUUGCCAGCCGUCUGCUUAGUAGUUAGUGGACCUGGUUUAAUCCAUGCUUUGGCAGGAGCUGCGAAUGCUCAGGUGAAUGGAUGGCCAAUGGUCAUAGUGGCUGGAAGUUCAGAAAAUGGUCAAUAAUCCUAUGGGGCAUUUUAGGAGUGUGACCAAUGGAAUAUGGUCAAGCCAUACAUCAAAUUCGGAGCCAAGAUAACCAAUUUAAGAUAAGCCCCCAUUUUAAUUGAAAAAGCAAUCAGAUAAAGUUGUGUAGGCAGACCUGGAGUCACUUACAUCGAGGUCUCAGGAGAUUUAUUAAGGAGCAAUAUCCCCGAGACAGAAUUGAUUAAAGUACCUUCAUUCACAUUAGAAUAAAUACCCAAAAGUUUAGCAGAUCCAAAAAACAUACUUCAAGCAGUUGAGCAAUUAAAGAAUGCAAAGAGACCCUUGGUUAUUGUAGGCAAGGGAGCUAGUAUCAGCUUAGCAGAGGAGCAGGUGAUCAAGUUCAUCGAAUCAACAAAAUUGCCAUUUUUACCAAGUCCUAUGGGCAAAGGAGUGGUUCCUGAUUCUAAUCAUCUUAAUGUAUCUGCAGCUAGAUCUACAGCCCUUGGAGAUGCCGAUGUUAUUUUAUUGGUAGGUGCAAGGUUAAAUUGGAUAUUACAUUUUGGUUUGCCACCAAGGUUUGAUGACAAUUGCCAAUUCAUUUAAAUUGAUAACUUCCCAGAGGAAUUUAACAAUAAUAGAAGAACAACAACGUUAUUUGGAGAUGUUUCUUUGGUGGUUGAUCAGUUGUAGAAGUCAUUUGGAAAUUGGUAAUUUAGUAACAAAUAAUGGAUUGACAAACUAUUUGAUAAGAGAAACAAGAAUACUCUCACAAAUUAAUAGUUAAUGAAUGAUAAGGAGCUACCCUUAGAAUACUAUAGUGCAUUUGGAAUAAUAAAAUAAUAUUUACCAAGGGAUUGUGUUUAUGUUGGUGAAGGAGCCAAUACAAUGGAUGUUGGUAGAACAAUAAUUGAACAUGAUCUACCAAGAAGAAAGUUGGAUAGUGGAACAUUUGGUACUAUGGGAAUAGGAUUGCCAUUUGCAAUAGCAUCCAAAUUAGUGUUCAGAGAUAAAUAAGUGUUUGCCAUUUUGGGAGAUAGUGCAUUUGGAUUUUCAGGAUUUGAAUUUGAGACAUCUACUAGAUACAAUCUGCCCUUGGUCCUUAUUAUUAUCAACAACAAUGGAAUUUUUGUGGGUGUGGAUGAGUUAUCCGAAAAGAAUAAUGAAAAGCCAGUGACUGCCUUGAAUCCUAAUUCUAGAUAUGAGAAAUUGUGUGAAUCAUUCGGAGGAAAGGGCUUUUUAGUAGAAACCCAUGAUCAGUUGCAUAAUGCUAUGAAAGAGAUCCUUAGCAAUCCUCAAUAAAGUUAUAUUGUAAAUGUGAGAAUCAACCCAUAUGGAUAAAAGAAACCUUAGGAACAUGCUUGGUUGACAUAAAGUAAACUAUGA